AUGCGUAACAGUGGUUUAGUUUUAUUUGUGUGUGCCGGCCUGUUGCUGAGCGGCGGAGCAAUCCUGGGCGGAUCGGCGGGAUGGUCUGUGCUGCGGAUGUCGUACCACUUCUGGGCGUCGGAGCUGGGCGCGGAGCUGGGAGCAGGCGUGCAGUUCGUGGCCGGCGCCAUGCUGUGCCUGCCCGCCUGCUGGCUCGCGACUCUCGUGCCGCACCACCCGCGCGCGCUGUCGCUGCUCGCUACUCUGAUGUUCCUGACGGCGACGGCGAUGCUGAUGCUGUCGAGUGGACAGGGCUCGCUGGCAGCGCUGUCGCGUGUCUACCACGAGCCGGCGCUGUUGAACGCCAGCAUGCACCGCGCCAUAGCGCGCGCGCAGUACGAGCCCGCCGUGCGCAACGCCUUCGCUUCCAUGCAGCUUGAAUUACGGUGCUGUGGCGUGCAGUCCGCCAGCGACUGGUACAAGUACCGGCGCACGCUGCCGGCUGCCUGCUGCAACCGCUGGGGCCAGGGGAAACGGGAUACGUGCGAUACUCCUGUGCACACGACAGGAUGUCUGUGGCCGGCUGUGAUCGAGCUGCGGUACUUCACCAACUCCAUGUCCGUGCUCUCUGCCGUCAUGAUCAUCAUCCUGGCUGUGACCCUAUUCGCGACGGCCUACUCACUAGUAUCAGGCGUGAUCGAGCGCGGCGAGCUGCGAGCCCUGAAGACGGCGACAGCGCUCCGCGUGGCUUGUCUCCACGCGGGGGGCGGCGCCCCGGCUCCCGCGCUGCUGUCCCUGGUACAGGCACCCCCCGCGCGUCCCCUGCCUCACCCUCACCCCACUUCCUAG